CCCUUAGGCGGCAGAAUUUAUAUAGGCUUCGAAACGUAAUUAAGCUUCUAAUAAGCUCUUUAGUUUACUUUUUGUUGUGACGAGGGCUGUAACGCUAGCUGUGUUGCUGACAGCAGCCGAGCACCACUGUAGUUGUCAACUAUCAAUAAUGGUCAACAUAAUUUUAUUUCACUGGUGAAACGUAUAGUUAUACGUUUUAGUUUAGUUAAAAUGGUAACUAUACAUAGCUGUUUGUGGUGUAAAGUACAUAACAGUGAGUUAGCUGUUUUUACACCUCAUAUGUAUGCACAAACUCCAGUCGAUGCGUUUUUCCUCCAGGCUCAAAAUUUCAUUUAAUUAUAGUUAGAGACAUACAGUGUGGAUCUCAAAAUGUGGAGCCUUCAAAAAGUGUUACUCUUUACUGUAGUAACUUCAAAUAUGAUCAUCAUAAGUGUCCACAUGGUUGAGUUCUGCCAAAAGGAUGAGCCCGACUGUCAAGGUCAGGACACGUCUCCGUCAUCCCACAUGAUCAAUUCCAGGUGGAACACGAGUAUUUUGAACCUCAAACGCAACUUGGACCAUUUCAGAGUUUCCUGUGAAAAGCUCAAGGGGGCUUUUCCAAUUGACCAAGUUCGAGGGAAUUUCAUUCGUUCUGUUACGAACUGCAUUUUCUCUGAAGCCUUUCCGACUCCGCUGAAAGGUCCAUUAAGACUGGCUGCAGUUUCGAAGGAUGCCUUGGAAGGGCUCUUGGAUUUGGACGUGGCUGUGAUCGUAUCUGACGAAUUCAGACAGUACGUCAGCGGAGGAAAACUUUUUCCUGGCUCUGAGCCUCUGGCACACAGAUAUGGAGGCCAUCAGUUUGGCUACUGGGCAGGUCAGCUGGGUGAUGGUCGCGCACAUCUUCUUGGUCACUACACUAACAGAAAAGGAGAAACGUGGGAACUGCAGCUCAAAGGUUCUGGAAAAACCCCGUAUUCAAGGUCCGGCGACGGCCGAGCGGUUGUUCGCUCUUCGGUCAGGGAGUUCCUGUGUAGCGAGGCCAUGUAUUUCCUUGGUAUCCCUACCAGCAGAGCCGCCAGUUUAGUUGUGAGUGACGAGCCCGUUUGGAGGGAUCAGUUCUACAACGGCAAUGUGAAGACAGAGAGAGGGGCCGUGGUGCUGCGCUUAGCCAAGUCUUGGUUUCGAAUCGGCUCCUUAGAGAUUUUGUCUCAAAAUGGGGAGCUGGAUCUUCUCAGAAAGCUGCUCAACUUUGUCAUUGCCGAACAUUUUCCUUCCAUCCAUUCCAACAAGUCUGACAAGUAUUUGGCGUUUUAUACAUCGGUGGUGAAUGACACAGCCUGUCUAAUGGCUGAAUGGAUGUCAGUGGGGUUUGCGCACGGCGUCUGCAACACCGACAACUUCAGCCUGCUGUCCGUCACCAUCGACUACGGCCCGUUCGGCUUCAUGGAAGCGUACGACCCCGAUUUUGUGCCGAACACGUCAGACGACGAGGGAAGGUACAGUAUCGGAGCUCAGGCCCAUGCGGGACUCUUCAACAUGGAGAAACUAUUAGAUGCUCUCAGACCGCUGCUUUCUGCAGCUCAGCAGGAAGUGGCUGAGAUGGUUUUAAAGACAUUUCUUGACAUUUACCAAACGAGGAUGCAGCAGCUCUUCAAAGCCAAGUUGGGCCUCCUUGGGGAGAACACGGAAGAUCAACGUCUGGUGGAGCACCUGCUUCAGUUGAUGGAGGACACGCGAGCAGACUUCACGAUGACCUUCAGGCAGCUGAGCGAGGCUUCAGCUCAUCAACUGCGCCGCAGGAACUUCACACAAGCCUGGGCUCUCCAGGAUUUGGCCUCGCACGGACGCUUCUCCGAUUGGCUGAACGUGUACCUGCUGCGCCUCGGCAGGGAGACGCAUGAUGAAGAUGAGGAUCGUCAAGCCAGGAUGAAAAGUGUGAACCCGAGAUACGUGCUGAGGAACUGGAUGGCAGAGUCGGCCAUUCGCAAAGCAGAGAGGAACGAUUUUUCAGAGGUGGCGCUGCUUCAUGACAUUCUGAGGCAGCCUUUCCUGACACAAGCGUCAGCAGAGCAGGCGGGCUACGCAGACAAACCUCCCUGGUGGGCCCACCAAUUGAAAGUCAGCUGCUCAUCAUGAGUCGCUAACAGUAUGCAGCACCUUCUUGUCCUUCUUCCACAAGUAGAAUUUCUGCACACAGAAGACACUCGGUGGAAGAUCUGGCCUAUCAAUCAAUCUACUGUAUCCAUGGAUUGAGC